GUUUCUGUCAUUGGACAGAAAUAAUAUAGUCGUCUUUUUACAACGCACAAUGCGGGUUUGCACGAUAUUUUUGGUGCUGUUUUGUGUGCUCCACGUUUCAAAUUCGAAGCCAUUUUUACUUGUUGUUGACCACAUCCAUAAACACUUCGAGAAUAAGUUCUCAAAGCUGCAUGAAAUGUUCAAUGGUAACAGUGAAGCUGACUUAGAACCGGAUAACACGAAACCUAAUUCCGAUAAAAAGGAAAAUAAUAGUCCCGAUAAGGACGUAAAGAGGAAAUUCCUAAACACACUUAUCAAGCUUUGUAAAUCAGAAACAGCAAACGAAACAAAAUCCGGCUUAGACGUUUCUCUUGCCGAACAAAGCAUCCGUAAUUUAAAUACGAUCACGAACAACAUCAGCAUGCCGGAAAUUAUAUUACCACCAAUUACGGUUGUCAUCGUGAAGGAUGAAAAGGCGCUGGACAAAUACCAAGAGAAAUCUAAAAACUCAAAGAGCAACAACGCGACCAUAAUAAUCAAACGUUUUAGCCGCACUAAAGAUGCCAAACCUGCCCCCAGAUCGGGGUUGGAAAAAAGGCCUAAGAAAGGAUUGCCUGCGGACGUUAAGAAGUGCGUCCUCAUGAAAAUCAAAGAACUUAAUGUAAUUAGUGCGUAAACGCACUUUCUAAAUUCAAAUUACCCAUACAGGCUAAAAUGUUUUUUAUUCAAUUAAAAUGUGAAAAUUUGAAAUUUGA